UCAUAUUUUUCAUUUCUUGAAAAGAUUUACUAUAAAUGGGACCCAAGUUUCAGUUUUGUUUCUCGAUUCGGAUGCAACAAGAAUUGCUCUCUCUCGCUCUGGUAUCAUCGUUUUCCGACUCCGGCAGAUAUAAUUAUGAUGAAAUCGAAUCGUAGAGAUAGAACCAGGAGUUCUAGUACUGAUGGACUUUCAUCUAUUAAUUCUACUACCCUUGAGCUAGACAUAGACGACUUCAAGGGGGAAUUUUCAUUUGAUGCAUUAUUUGGGAACUUAGUGAAUGAGCUCCUUCCAUCUUUUCAAGAAGAAGAAUCAGAGUCGUUAGAUGGACAUAGUAACAUUGGUGGGAAUGAUGAUUUACCGAAUGGGAAUAUGCGAAUUCCGCCUGAUUCAGGCCCUUUAUUCCCAGAAGUAGAUGCUCUACUGUCUUUGUUUAAUGAUUCUUGCACAAAGUUAGUUGAUCUUCGAAAACAGAUUGAUGGAAGACAAAAUAAUCUCAAGAAGGAGGUUUUUGUUCAAGAUUCUAUGCACCGGAAGACACUUGGUGAGAUAGAAAAAGGUGUAGAUGGCUUGUUUGAUAGCUUUGGACGUUUGGAUUCACGUAUUUCAAGCGUUGGGCAGACUGCUGCCAAAAUUGGAGAUCAUCUGCAGAGUGCAGAUUCUCAACGUGAUGCUGCCCGCCAAACGAUAGACCUCAUAAAGUACUUGAUGGAGUUUAAUAGCAGCCCGGGUGACCUAAUGGAACUUUCACCAUUAUUUUCUGAUGAUAGUCGUGUUGCUGAGGCUGCUUCAAUUGCACAGAAAUUGCGGUCAUUCGCUGAAGAAGAUGUUGGAAGACAUGGAAUAUCUGGACCAUCAGUUGUGGGAAAUGCAUCUGCAAGAAGAGGAUUGGAAGUUGCGGUUGCUAACCUUCAGGAAUAUUGCAAUGAACUGGAGAAUAGAUUGUUGUCUCGAUUUGAUGCAGCAUCACAGAGAAGAGAAUUGUCUACCAUGGCAGAGUGUGCUAAAAUUUUAUCUCAGUUUAAUAGGGGCACCAGUGCUAUGCAACAUUAUGUGGCAACACGUCCAAUGUUUAUUGACUUGGAGAUCAUGGAUGCAGACAGCAGAUUGGUUCUUGGUGACGAGGGUACCUUAACUAGUCCUAGCAAUGUUGCACGUGGACUUUCUUCAUUCUACAAAGAAAUCACAGAUACCGUUCGUAAAGAAGCAGCCACAAUAAUGGCUGUAUUCCCUUCUCCGAAUGAUGUUAUGUCAAUUUUGGUUCAGCGAGUUUUAGAGCAGCGAGUUACUACACUUCUUGACAAGCUGUUGCAGAAACCGUCUCUUGUUAAUCCACCUCCUACGGAUGAAGGCGGGCUUCUUUUAUAUCUUAAAGCACUAGCAGUGGCAUAUGAGAAAACACAGGAACUUGCUAGAGACCUGCGUGCCGUAGGCUGUGGUGACUUGGAUGUUGAAGGCCUAACAGAAUCGUUAUUUCUUGCUCACAAAGAUCAAUAUAUCGAGCAUGAGCAGGCCUCUUUGAGACAAUUGUAUAAAGCAAAGACGGAGGAAUUGCAUGCUGAAAAUAAGCAAUCUUCAGAGUCAACUGGGUCAAUUGGACGCUCAAAAGGAGCUUCAUUAGCAUCUUCCCAACAGCAGAUAUCUGUUACUGUAGUUACAGAGUUCGUUCGUUGGAGCGAAGAAGCAAUUUCCAGAUGCACUUUGUUAUCAUCUCAACCUGCUACCCUUGCGGCCAAUGUAAAAGCUGUGUUCACUUGCCUGCUUGACCAAGUUGGUCAAUACAUAACGGAAGGGCUUGAACGUGCCAGAGAUAGCCUGACUGAAGCUGCGUCUUUGAGGGAAAGGUUUGUGCUAGGCACGAGUGUUAGCAGAAGGGUGGCUGCUGCGGCUGCUUCUGCUGCAGAAGCUGCUGCGGCUGCUGGUGAAAGCAGUUUUAGAUCCUUUAUGGUGGCUGUACAGCGUUGCGCAAGCAGUGUGGCUAUUGUUCAGCAAUACUUUGCAAAUUCUAUAUCACGCCUUUUACUACCUGUUGAUGGUGCACAUGCUGCUUCCUGUGAAGAAAUGGCAACAUCUAUGUCCAGUGCAGAGGGUGCUGCUUACAAAGGGCUUCAACAAUGCAUUGAAACUGUUAUGGCUGAGGUGGAGCGAUUGCUAUCAGCUGAACAGAAGGCAACAGAUUAUCGGUCACCUGAGGAUGGCAUGGCUCCUGAUCACCGGCCCACAAGUGCUUGUGCGAGAGUUGUAGCAUACCUUUCUCGUGUGCUUGAGGCUGCAUUCACUGCACUUGAAGGUCUUAACAAACAAGCUUUCCUGUCUGAAUUGGGAAACCGCUUACACAAAGGGCUUCUUAAUCAUUGGCAGAAGUUCACUUUUAACACCAGUGGAGGACUGCGGCUGAAGCGUGAUAUAACUGAGUAUGGAGAAUUUGUGCGCCAUUUUAAUGCUCCUUCUGUGGAUGAGAAAUUUGAAUCAUUGGGCAUCUUGGCCAAUGUCUUUAUUGUUGCUCCUGAGAGCCUCUCCAGCCUAUUUGAGGGUACCCCAAGUAUUCGGAAAGAUGCACAAAGGUUUAUCCAGGCUAGAGAGGACUACAAGAGUGCAAAACUUGCAGCCAAACUUAGCUCCUUGUGGCCUAGCUCUAGUUAAUUCUGUUGUGGAAUGAUAAGUGAAUCCUCCAUACUUUCUGAGUGGUUUAUUAGUCAUUAUGUUGGUGAGGGAGCUGGUACCUUAAAUUUGGUGACUUUUCAAUUCUAAACCAAGUUAGGAACAGAUUAGUGGCUAACAUGAUUGUCAGCCAGCUCAUUUUUGGGAAAAAAUAGGCAAAUUAGCAAUUGUUUUUUUUAAUGCUUUUUUAUUUAUUUAUUUUUUUAAAAGGUACUUUAUAUUUUUUUUUCUUUUGAGGGAUAAGAUAAAAAAAGAAUCUUUCAUUUAUAUGUUAAA